GCAAAAGAUACAAGCGAACAAGCUGCUCGUGUGGCCGGUAUUAUGAAAAUUCAUAACUACAACACCAUCCCACCACACGAGAAAGUGCGAACUCGAUCGGCCGUCAGCAAGGAAACGCGUGAGGCGAACGGGACAGUGCAGGCAACAGUCGCCGGCGGUGGUACCACGAAGAAAGAACAGCAACAGAAGAAGCUAGCCGGGGCGAAACAGACGGCCUCUUCCGUUCCCGGUGCGCAGCUAACACCGGAGCUGGAGAACACGGCCAAUCUGCUUGCGUUAGAAGCAGCGGACAAACGAGGUCGGCCACGGCGUGGUCUGCCAAACGACAAGCGACAGCAAGAGAACGUCGAGACACGUGCGGAGAACGAGGAGGAGGAAGAGGAACAGGAAGUAGUUACAGAGGAGGAGGAAGAGGAGGAUCUACCACCGACAAGCAGGAACGACGAGGAGACAGGAAGAAAGAGACGUCACCCGGAAUCGGUUACGGGCGUACGGGGCACAGACAAGCAGAGGCUAUCCACUGAUGAGGACGGGCCGAAUCUACCCCAACGACGAAAAUUAGUCCGCAAACAGGAAUCAACCGAAGCCGAGGAACAGGAGCGGGAAGAGAACGAACCAGAGCGGCUGGUAGCGGACCUCAACGAGGACGAUCGUACGUCCUCGUCGACGGUCUCUGCCGAGGAGACGCUAGAUCACGUCAUGGACGGAUACCGGAAGGUCCGUUCGAGCACGGUGAACAACCUUAAGCUGGAGAAAGAUUCCUCAUCCGCCACCGAAUCGAUCAUAAUGACGAUGGAUGACUAUCAGCAGCAGCAACACCAGGAAGAUCCGGACAAUGCGAUGGACGACUACGAACCGGCGGUGACCACAGUGGGUGGCAGCGCGUCCGCCAGCGAGGACAUCGAGGAUGCUGAUGGUGCCUUGGCCGGGAACCGACUGUUCCGGAAGAAGGUGAAACGAAAACUGCCGGUGCGACCGAACAGUAGCAGCACAAGCAGUGGCGGCGGUGCUGGUGGUGGCACCGCUGCCGGUGACAUCGGAGCGGUCACCUCGUCCAAAGCCAAGCUGCAGAUGGUGCACGAGUUUCCCAUGCUGUUUCUGGGGUUGCGCCGGAAUCGCAUGUUCCUGGUGAACUCGCUCGCCCAGUGGUUCGAUCUGAACCAGCGCGACAUCAUACUGACGCUGAGGAAAAUCAAGCAAAACGAAAGCAGCGCUCGGUUGGGCAACGUGUUCGCGCUCGGUGCCACCGAGGUCGAUCUGCUGUUUCACACUAACGUGCCUAAGAUCGCGGACUGCCUGCGCAACUUCAUCCUGUGGCCGGACGACAUCACGAUGAAGCUGAACGUGCCCAUCAACCUGCGGCAACACUUCCACCGGAUUCACCUCAUCCUGAACUACCUGGUCGUGCGGGUGAAGCAGAACGCCGUGCAACAGCUGCCCGCGGAGGAGAUCGCCACGUCGUACUGUCCGGAUGAGCAGUGCCACAAGCUGAAGUACCUUGUCGCAUCCACGCUCGACGGAUGCGUGUGCUUCGUGUCGCGUGCGUUUGGCGUCCAGACGGACGACGAGCAGCUGCUCAGCCAGUCCGGCUUCCUGACCAAGUUCAAGACCAACACGAACCUGAUCGCGGGCAAGAAUUUCCACAACUUUGAGGAUCGCCUGGCGAACGGGCACGAUCACACCAACAAUAACGGUGGGCAUGGUGGCCGCAAUCGGCUCGGUGCGUCCGCAGCUGCCGAAGACGAUUCCGAUCUGGAGCGUGUGCUCGGUGGCGGCGCUAGCAACAGCAGCGAGGACAACUUCGAGGACAUCGUGUCGGAGAAGAUCAGCAAAAGCAGAACGUUCAAGCUGAAGAACUACAUCGAGAACAUCCUGGAGAACUUCCAGAGCCAUCAGAUACUGAGCCCGCAGACGUGCAUCGACGCGCGGACGCUGAAGCUGCUGGACGACAUUGUGGUCAUUGUCGGGGCGCUCAUUAACCUGCAGAAGCAGGAAAUCGAAUAGAAGGGGGCACCGUUGCCCCUCCUCCCCCCGGGGGGUGGGUGGUAUUUCAUAGGCAGAC